CACACCGACCACACGCGGCUCAGUCGCGACGUUUAUUCGGCGUCCACCAUGCAGCACUACACAAACACUCCGGCUGGAAGGAGACGCGAGAGCAGCUCGGCUUCCUGUAAACACCGCGCACAUCCGCGUCUCGCCCUGUGGAUCAGCGCCGCGCUGCUCAUCCUCAACAUGGGCUAAGAGCAGCGCGCCGGAUUACGCGCUUCAGCCAUGGGGACGCGGAUUUUCUGCUUUGAUUUCUCUUCUUUUCCCUGAAGACGGAAAGCGCGAAUAGUGAAUUGAAAGAGGGGAUCUGUUAACCCUCUCGAUCUGUAUCUUGGUUUGCUCUCCUUGCUGUUCUUUUUGUCUUGUUUUGGGGAGAGAUGAUUGCAGAUUUGGUGUGUAGCGCUGUGGCUCUGGUCCUGUACAUCAACACACUGGGCGCUGAUUUCUGCUACGAUGACAGCCGUGCUAUCAAAACCAACCAGGACCUGCUUCCCGAGACGCCGUGGACCAAUGUGUUCUACGACGAUUUCUGGGGUACCCUGCUCACACACAGCGGCAGCCACAAGUCCUACCGGCCACUCUGUACACUCUCCUUUCGCAUCAACUAUGCCUUGAGUGGCCUAGAGCCAUGGGGCUACCACUUAGCCAACGUGGCACUGCACUGCGCCGUAACGGCACUCUUCACGCGCCUGGCACGCCUGCUGCUGGGUACAGGCUGCUGGAGGCUGCUAGCAGGCCUGCUCUUCGCCUCACAUCCUGUUCACACUGAGGCUGUUGCAGGCAUCGUGGGCCGGGCUGAUGUAGGUGCUGCGCUGUUUUUCCUCCUGGCACUGUUCUGCUACAUGGGGCACUGUGACCAGCGGGCGGAGGGGGCACAGCGUCAGUGUUGGGCGUGGUUCGCGGGCAGCCUGGUCUGUUCGGCCUGCAGCGUGCUGUGGAAGGAGCAGGGCAUCACCGUGCUCGCCGUGGCAGCUGUCUACGACGUGUUUGUCUUCCACCGGAUGAAGCUGCAGCAGCUCCCUGGAAUCUUCUACAAGAAGAAGAACAUUCGCCUCCUGCUGAGUGUGUUUCUUCUGGGCUCCUGGGGGCUCUUCCUGCUGGGAUUCCGCCUCUACUGGAUGGGCAAUAAACCUCCGAACUUCUCCAACUCUGACAACCCUGCAGCAGACUGCCCAUGUUUUCUGACCAGGGCACUCACCUUCUUCUAUCUACCUGCCAUGAAUGUAUGGCUCCUCCUUUGCCCAGACAGGCUGAGCUUUGAUUGGUCCAUGGACGCGCUACCUCUUCUGAGGAGCAUCACCGAUUGGAGAAACCUCCAUACCAUCGUAUUUUACGCCACGCUGCUGGCACUAGCAUGGUUUGGCCUCUUUACGCGAACGUUCAAGGAGAAGGAGACAAAUGGGAAAGCCCAUGUAGCAAACGGAAAGUCCAGCACAAAUGGACACAGUUAUCAUUCUGACUAUGAACACUCCAUUCCAGACUCAGACUCUGUUCAGACAAACUGGGCCAAUGGGACAAAAAAGGACUAUACAACUAGGACUUCUUUGCCCACCACUGAAAACGUAGUGGUCUUCUCAUUAGGGCUGUUGGCCAUCCCUUUCCUCCCUGCCACCAACCUCUUCUUCUACGUUGGUUUCGUGGUAGCAGAGCGGGUCCUCUAUAUCCCCAGCAUGGGCUUUUGUCUGCUGGUGGCAGUGGGGAUGAGGGCACUCUGGAUCAGACUAAGGACAAACUCGUCCAGGACUCUGGUGUUCACCUGCAGUGCUUCUCUGGUUCUGCUAUUUGGAGUUAAGACAUUUCUGAGGAACCAGGACUGGCAUAAUGAGGAGAUGCUGUACAAGUCAGGGAUAACUGUGAACCCUGCUAAAGCUUGGGGGAACCUGGGAAAUGUCUUGAAGAACCAGGGGAAGAUGGCGGAGGCUGAGCGAGCCUAUAGAAACGCUCUAUACUACCGGAGGAACAUGGCCGACAUGCUGUACAACUUGGGUCUGCUGCUACAGGAGAACAACAAGUUCUCAGAGGCUCUCCACUACUAUAAGCUGGCCAUAGGGAGCAGGCCAACUCUCGCUUCUGCCUACUUGAACACGGGUAUCAUCCUGAUGAACCAGGGCCGCUUCGACGAGGCCAAGAGAACGUUCCUAACCUGCGCUGACAUCCCUGAUGAAAACCUGAAGGAUCCACAUGCACAUAAGAGCUCAGUCACCAGCUGCCUCUAUAACCUAGGCAAGCUGUUGCAUGAACAGGGCCACCAGGAGGAAGCCCUGUCUGUGUAUAAAGAAGCUAUCCAGAAAAUGCCCAAGCAGUUUGCCCCUCAGAGUCUCUACAACAUGAUGGGCGAGGCUUACAUGAGGAUGAACAAGUUAGCUGAUGCUGAGUACUGGUACAGGGAAUCUCUCCGGGCAAAACCAGACCAUAUACCAGCACACCUCACCUACGGCAAGCUUCUGGCCAUGACGGGUCAGAAAGCUGAAGCAGAGAAGUACUUUAUGAAGGCCAUUCAACUUGAUCCCACUAAAGGAAAUUGCUACAUGCAUUACGGUCAGUUUUUGCUGGAGGAGUCCCGCCUCCUGGAAGCUGCCGAGAUGGCACAGAAGGCUGCUCAGCUUGACAGCGAGGAGUUUGAUGUGGUUUUCAGUGCGGCACAUAUGCUCAGACAAGCCAGCCUCAAUGAUGCAGCGGAGAAGUACUACAAACAAGCAGCUAGCCUGAGACCUGACUACCCUGCAGCCUUGAUGAACCUUGGUGCUAUCCUUCAUCUGAACGGCAAACUUCAGGAGGCUGAAGCUAAUUACCUGCGAGCCCUGCAGCUCAAACCUGACGAUACCAUUACCCAGUCCAACCUGCGCAAGCUGUGGAACAUCAUGGAGAAACAAGGCUUGAGGACAAUGGCCCCUUGACUCAAACACACUAUGUGGAGCUCAGUGUGAAAGAUACUUUCUCAUGCUAAGUGAUCCGUAUCUUGAGCAGUUCAGCCAGAAUUAUCUUUAGAGAGACUGAGAUGUUUCCCUCGUAGGUUGGGGUCCAAAAUUGGUACAUUGGAGAACUUGCUUGAGAACUGCAACUUUAUGACAUGCAAGAACUUCUCUGGAAUUUUUGCGCUGCACAGGACUCGGCGUUCUCAACAGGAGCACUUAAGUUGAAGUGGGCUGUUGGUAUAUACUUGAAGUUUCUCAAUACUUUGGCUAUUAAUUAGGUAAAUGAUGCCUAAUGGUAUAUGUAGGGCGGCGUUUGACAUGAAGAGGUGCAAAAUUAGGAAAGAAUGAAUUUUUGUGCUCAGAAACAAAGGAGCAUUUGAAUAUCAUUGGGUUCCUUGAUUCAUAUGAUUAGAUUAUCUAAUCUUUAAGGAAGCUUUCUUGAUGCUGAUCACAGGAGUCACAUAGUCAACAAAGAAAUUCUAGCCAUCUGUAAUGGUGCACCAUUUUUUUUUUUACCACAUUUUCCACUUUUUUUUUUAAUAAUGUUGCACCAUUGCUAAUUCCUAUCACCUAGCCAAGUCCCCUUAUUACAAUUAUAAAGCAGAGAGUGCAAAGGCGAGCUUCCAAGACAUGAUCUUUUCACAUUGCUGCUCUUGCAUCGUCACAUGGCAGCUGAACAUGCAUGAAGGAAAGUGUUAACUGUUCUCAUUCGUAUACAUGAGCUAACCGUUGCAAACAGUUGACUAGUGAUGCACUAAACUACCAGAAAGAGACAAAUAAUGGCCACCAAUAAUGGUCAGUAAUGGCCAUCCCUCCAUUGCAGAAAGGAGGGCCGAUUAUUCUCUCAUGGAUUCCCAGCCACUUGUGUGUGUCAGGAUCCAAAUUCACGAUCUUCUAACACCAGGGUGAACAUUUUACGGUUUAGCUAUUCAGGAGCCUCAAUCAGCUGUUUUUUUUUUUUUUUGGUAUUUUUUUAUCGAGAACAGUUCCAAUGCACAUUAAUCCAUCCAGUGUCAUAUUUUACACAAUGUUUGGUAAUUCAUUUUAUGAAAUUCAGCUGCAAACAUAUUUGUCAAAUGAUUGAGUGAUAAUGAGUAAGCUCUGAAGGUGCUGACAAGAGAUGAUUAAUUGCCAUAUUGAAAAUAAUAAGAAAAGUUCGUAUAGUGAAAUAAGCUCUUUUGUGGCAUUUUAGGCAUAUUAGUGUCAUGGACGGUGAUCAUCUUUACAGAUGGAUUCAUUUGAAGUGUUUUGCCAAAAAAUGACGUGCGCCCUUGAAGUUAAUAAGCUACAUGUAGCUUGAAGGAUUUUUUUUUUUCCAAAAAGUAAAACAUGUACUGUAGCACAAAUGGUUUCUUUGCUCUUUGCUCAGUUCUCUGCUAACGAAGAAAUUUAGUCUAUAAUUGACACAGAGCUAAACGACUCUCAGAUCAAUUGACGCUGUGUUUUUGCCUAACAGGGUUUUGUCAGUUGUAAACAUUGUACAGAAAUGUAUAGAUGGAUGGUGUAGUAGUUUGGGUGUAAACUGGACAGGCUUUACACGCAAAGUGCUACACUUUGGCCUUAUAGAAAUUUGUUCAAAUCAUAUUUUUUACUAUUUCAACCCAAAGCUUUAUCUACUAUAUAUGUGCUGAAGCCUGCAGUCUGCCUUUUGCUGCCAUAUGAGUAACACAACCUGAAAAUCAGAUUCCUCGCUAAUUUUAAAGCAUUCAUUUGGAUUGUGUUAUAUUAUUUAUUUAUUUGGGACAAUUUACAGUCUGUCAUUUUUAUUAACCCAUCCAGUAAAAUAAAAAAAAAAAAACAUUGGGCCUCAUUUAUCAAUCUUUUGCUACAGUUGUGUGUAAAUGUUUUUACAGGCCAAACCGAACAAAUUUACAAAAGUUUCAGAAACACUGUUUUCCUUUUAUAGGGUGCCAUUUCUUUUUCCCCAUAUUAAAUAGCUAGUAUCAUUUGGCUUCAUUUAUUAAUUUGUUUUGCAUUGCAUUUGAAAUUCAGUUUCACACAAUGUUCACUAAAUUAGUGUGUGCAAUUGAAAUUAGUAAGAUAUUUAAAGUUGUCCGUGUAAUCCAUACAUAAAAUUGCAGUAACAAUUAUUACAUUAGUAACAUUAGUAAGUCUCCUUAUACAUAAUUUUGCACAAACUCUCAUAGAAUAUGAACUUUUUUUUUUUUUUUUUUUACCUGGACUAACUGGACAUUCAUGAAUGCCAAAUUUCUUGUUUAAAGGCCCCUAGGAAUGAUUUACAAAUGAAUUUAUUUGUAUCCAAUGUGAUAAAUGAGGCCCAAUAUCAAAUACUAGAAAUAUAUUUCAAUUUGUAUGUAAAUGUUUCAAGCUUACAGUUUAAAGAUGAUUAGGUAUGAGACUCAGAGCAUCACCUGAAGCCCAUGCAUUACUGAGCUGGCACCAGCCUUCAUGUUCCUCCAGCAGAACAAUUACACAAAUAUUCCCGGAUUAAAGUUUUUUUUCCUUUGCUCUGCCAGAACAAAGCCUGUGUUGCUUGUCUGAGCCAAACUUUUAGCUAAAAGCUCCGCCAGUUGGAAAAGAAUUUGUUGAUGCAACAGUGCUAAACAGGAAGCGCUUGAGCUACUACAUGACCAUGUUCUUCUGAUUGCCUUUCACUUAGUUUCACAGCAAAACUGUAGCCGAACUUCGGAACUGUGUCAGAUGCAAAGCUUUGAGGGUCUCCUAACCAAAUAUAAACCACAUUGCACUCAUCUAACAAUGCACAGCCAUAGGUUUGUAAGGGAUUGUUUAUAUGUCAUCUGGGUGUAUUAUUUUUGUGAUUUUUGUAUCACUCAUACUGAAUUUUAGUGUAUAAAGUAAACCUAAUAUAUGCCAUUGUGUAAAAGAAGCCUGAGAUUUCGCGAAGAACGUUGAGCCAGAAAUCACUAAAUCCUAAUGUUCACUUCUCCUAUCUUUUUUCUGUCUUUGUUUUUAGUUCAGUUGUUAAUAUUUGUACAUAUUGUGUGCGAAUAUAUUACUUGUAAUUAACUUUCAUGUACUGUAGUCAACCCUACCACUAGCUCAUGUUUUUCUUCUUUGUUUCAAAUCAUGAAGAAUAUUCAGAUCAUUUCUUUAAGUUUGCUCACUAUAUUUGAAAGGCAUAUUAUUGGAUGUUUAGCAGAGUUUAAUUCUUAAUUUAUUUCCAUUGUGGUAUCUUGUAAACAAAAAAAAAAUAAUAAAAAUAAACCAGCUGGCACUGUGUUGUAUAACCAUGUAACAAGUUCAUCCAUCUAUUCUUUCUUUCAGAGCCACUUUUGAAAGCAAAUUGUUGAUUAUAGUAGGGGGAAAAUAGCCAACCUGUUAACUGCCCUACUCAAAAUCUCAAUAACAUAAUUAUAUUUCACAAUCAGGCUUACUGGAUUAUAAUAAAUGAAAAAUGCAAGCAAUGUGCCGCUAUCAUUGUUCCUUUGCUUCUCCCUGUAGCUGACCUGACCACAGCCUGUUUCUCCUCCAUGAAUCGUGGCUCAUGAUGGAUUUAAAUGUCUAAGAUUGCGUUCAGACCAUGCAGUGUGUAGCCAUACUCACCAUUAUGUGUGAAAGUAGUGCAUCGUUUCCACCGUCUUUUCCCUCGUUUUUAUCACUUGUACAAAAUGAAAACCAUUAGACAUGAGUCUUGCGUGUGUUUGUCUUUCCUCAGGGAUUUCAGUCAGCGGGAUCAUUGCAGAAGAUGUGCUUAUUGAGCACUGAGAGUUUACUAAAUUUCAGAAGUUUUCUUAUUUUUUUUAAACUGUGUUGUAUUUGUAUAAAUUAUCAAUUUGUAGCUUUCCUUUCUUCCCUUUUUGUAAUAUAAAAUAAAGUAUGUGCCAGA